AUUGGUCUACAAAUUUGUAAGUGCGGCAAUCAGGACAACCACAUCUUCUUCACUUAUCUCCAUCAUAUAGGGCCCUUAGCUUGAUGCCCAUGUUACAUUUUCAUCAUAACUAAUAGUCCACAGAGGAAACUUUCAUUAAUGGAGAACUCAACAAACAUUAAUUUCUCUGAAGGCGGUGAAGAUGAGGAAAACAGGCAGUGCAUUAAUGGAAGCUCAACAAAUAUUGGCCGAUAUUUACAAAAUGAGGAGCUGAGUAUUGGUGCGCAAAAUCUCCUGUGGACCAAUCGGAUUGCAGUUCAAACAGAGACGAUGAGGCAAGAACGGCAACCUGCGGACAUAUCCUCGGCAGAUUCCACCGAACAAAAUGGUCCGGUCAACAAUCAGAUGGCAACCGAUGCAGGGAAGAUAAGGCAACAACAUUCGGGUCAAUGUCAACGUCAACGUACAGCUACACCUAUUUCCCCUGCAGAUUCUUAUUCAAGAAGAAAUACUAAUCGAGUUACUACGGCAGACCCGCGUGCCAGGAAAAAAAGGAACGACAAAGCAUAUAGGGACAGAGUGAAGGAAAAACAACAGCGAAUGGAGUCCAAUCUUGAGACACUAAAGGCUGAAAAUGACACCUUAAUAAAGCAAAAUACUUUGGUGAAUCAGAGGUUUGAAACUCAAUCAAAAGAAUUGGAUGGGUUGAACCAAAACUUCAUCAAGCAACUUGUCAGUUUGCCCCCUUUAGAAAAUCAACAUAAAAUGAAGUUUGAUUUAGAGAGGCUUGAGACUGAAAAUGGAGAAUUAAAGCGUGAAAACAAAUCGCUGAAAAGAGACAAUGUUUUGGCCAAUGAAAAGUUUGAAACCCAGUCAAAGCAACUUGGCAAAUUGGAGCACAAGUACAAGAAGCAACAUGAAAGAAAACGACAGUUAAAGUCCAAUCUGAAGACACUGGAAGUCGAAAAGGGAAGAUUAAAAAAUGAGAUUAUUGAAUUGCUGAAAAAAGAGAGGGUAGCUGGAUACAGCACCAACUUCAUUGGACGUUUUGGGCACUGCCCCAAUGUGGAGACAGAGGCCUCACCGCAGGUUGUCCCUUCCCUUACUUCAGAACUAUGAAAUCCCAACAAGCCUUGAGAGAGUUCUAUUUUUCAAAACUAGGAUUUUCCACCUGGAGUUGGGCGGGGGCAUAAUAUCUUAUGUGAGUAAUGCUACAGUUAAUUUGGAAUGUAUUAUUUCUCUAGUCUAAUAAAAUAGCGAUCUAAUA